UUUGUCCGUGUUUAAGUUUUUUGUUCGUUGUUGUUGUUCGUUUAUUGUAAAAGUUAUUAAAAAGAGAAUGUCAACAAUUGUUACAUCACGCCACUACUGUCAGUGUGGAUACGUUUUGCUGUAGGUAUUGCUAGCAUAUCUAUUUUAUUAACAAACAUGAAGCAUGUAAACAUGUAAAUAGGAACGACCGUCCUUUUGUUUGCUUGCUGAGUGAUACAAUGAGCUCGGAGUUUGAAAGCGAAUUAAGAGUAAAACGUGUUUCUGUACGUAAGAGAUCGAGAGAUGGGAAGAGCAGCUGUUUAACCCCUGUCAAGAAAAAAACCUGCAGUCCCAGUCACGGUUGUGAAGCUGCCAUGUACAAAGUUCAGCUUCAUCAUCAUGAUACUGAAUGGAGAGAAAAAAACGAGACCACUGAAUUAACUCCAGACAUGCAGGACAAGGAGUGUCACAGUGAUGACGAUCUCUUUGGAGACUAUGACAGCCUUGCUAACGAAAGCUCCUUCCUAGCAAAGCUUGAUGAUGUAGAACACAACUUUGCACCAGCCUGCAGCAGUCCAUACUUGGAGACUGUGAAGCACAGAUAUGCAAAUAAUGGGAAUACUGUGGCAGAAAUGAGAAACUUGGAGGCACAUUCAGAUGGAAAGCACAAGGUCAAAUGCCCUGACACUGAAGACUUUACUGUUUUAAAAACAGUAAACUGUAGAGAUGACACAAAAUCCUGCCAUGUGGGGAAUGCUGAUAGUAUCCUUAUUUCAGAUUUAAUGGAUGACUUUUUUGAUGACUUACCAAGCUCCCAACUCAUGUUACAACAAGAAAAUAAAACUGUAACAAAACAAACAUCAUCAGAACAAAGUGGACCUCUUAAUCCAUUUAGGGGUGAAAUGUCUUCUGUUAAAGAAGACGAAGACCUUAUUAGACAUAGUCUAAACUCUGUGACACACCUUGCAGAGCCAGUCUUGAACAGAAGGAGAAGCCUGAAAGAUCAUCUCAAAAGUACUAUGACAGGAAAUGCUCGAGCACAGUCACCCCAAGUCUCCAGGGCUAAACAGCAGAAAGAUGCUGUGGUUACUAAGGAGAUCAAUUUAGCAGUGAAAACUAUUGAAUCUACCUCAGACGUUGACCUUGGUCCCUUUUUUGGAUUGCCCAGCAAAGUUAAAGAGUUGUUUCAGAAGCAUCGGGGCAUCAAAGAGCUUUAUGAAUGGCAGCGUACCUGUUUGACUCUAGAAUCUGUUCAGCAGAGAAAAAACCUGAUUUAUUCAUUGCCAACAAGUGGAGGCAAGACUUUAGUUGCCGAGAUACUGAUUCUUCGUGAACUGCUUUGCAGGAAAAAGGAUGCUUUGUUCAUUUUGCCAUAUGUGGCCAUUGUACAGGAAAAGGUCCGGGGUCUUGCCAGUUUUGGCCUGGAGCUUGAUUUCAUAAUAGAGGAGUAUGCAGGGAGUAAAGGGAAGUACCCUCCAAUCAAGAGGAGACUGAAGAACUCGCUCUUUAUUGCUACCAUUGAGAAAGGACACAGCCUUGUGAAUUCUCUCAUAGAGGCAAAUAGGCUUGAAAACGUUGGUCUGAUUGUAGUGGAUGAGUUGCACAUGCUGGGUGAAGGCAGCCGAGGGGCCAUUCUUGAAAUUACACUUGCCAAAGUUCUCUUUGCAAGCAAGACCACACAAAUCAUAGGAAUGAGUGCCACCCUAAAUAAUGUUGGUGAUCUGCAGAAGUUCCUCAAAGCAGAGAAUUAUUCCAGUGACUUCAGACCUGUCCAGUUAAAAGAGUAUGUUAAACUAAGUGACUGCAUUUAUGAGGUUGACUGCAAAGAAGAAGAUUGUUUCAAGUUUUCUCGACCCUUAAGUUUUAAGUACUCUAGCAAUAUGAAGAAGAUGGACCCAGACCAUUUGAUCGCUCUGGUGACAGAGGUCAUUCCAAUGCAUUCCUGUCUCAUGUUCUGCCCAACCAAAAAAAAUUGUGAAAAUGUGGCUGGAAUGAUUUGCAAAUACCUAAACAAGUGUUUUAUACAACACAGAGAGAAAGAGAAGACAGAUCUGUUGGAUGAGAUUAGGAGCGCUGGAAAUGGCAGCAUCUGUUCUGUUUUAAAACAGACCGUCCCUUUCGGGAUUGCGUACCAUCACAGCGGCCUCACCAACGAUGAGAGGAAAUUGAUUGAGGAAGCCUACUCCGCUGGGGUGCUCUGCCUCCUGACCUGCACGUCAACUCUGGCUGCCGGAGUGAACCUGCCAGCACGUAGGGUAAUUUUGCGAUCUCCCUAUGUGGCCACAGAGUUUCUAAAGAGAAACCAGUACAAACAGAUGGUAGGCAGAGCCGGUCGAGCUGGUAUUGAUACUUCUGGGGAAAGUAUUCUCAUUCUCCAAGAGAAGGACAAGCUACUGGCAAAGGCGCUAGUGAGCAGACCACUAGAAAACUGCUACAGCAAUCUGAUGCAUGACAACAGAAAGGGGCUGCAGAGUCUAAUCCUCUCCCUCAUUGGGUUAAAUAUAUCGAGGACUCCAGCUGAUAUUCAGGAGUUUGUAUCCUGCACUUUGUUCAGUGUGCAGCAGGAACAUCUCUCCAGUGAGAAGAACCUUUGGGAUAUAACAAUGGAAACUGUAAGUUUCCUGACAGAGAAGGGACUCAUUAUGAGCACUGCUGGCAGUCAUGGAGAUACAGUUCUUGAGGUUACAAAGCUAGGGAGAGCAACUUAUAAAGGUUCAAUAGACCUGAGCUAUUGUGAUGUUCUGUACAGUGAUCUCAAGAGAGGACUGGGGGGUCUGGUGCUUGACAGUAUCCUUCACUUGAUCUACUUGGUGACACCGUACGACAUGGUAGCUCAUUGUAAACCAGAUUGGAUGAUCUAUUUCAGACAGUUUACUCAGCUGACAGCAGUGGAACAAAAUAUGGCAUCUAUGGUAGGUGUGCCAGAGAGCUACAUUGUAAAGAAGGCUUCAGGGCAGAGUUUAAAAAAGGGGGUGGACAGUCUCACAGUGAAUAGAUUCUACCUCGCCUUUGUGUUGUUUGCUCUCCUAAAGGAAACCAACGUAUGGGUUGUGGCAGAUAAAUUUAACCUGGCUCGAGGCUUUGUGCAAUCCUUGCUCGGUUCAUCAUCAGCCUUCUGUUCUUGUGUAGUACACUUCACUGAGGAGCUGGAAGAGUUCUGGGCUUACAGAGCUCUCUUCAUUGAGCUCACAAAAAGGCUCACCUAUUGUGUGAAGGCAGAGCUCAUUCCUCUGAUGGAAGUAGCAGGAAUUUUAGAGGCUCGAGCCAAGCAGUUGUAUGGCGCGGGAUAUAAAACACUGGCCCACCUUGCAAAUGCUGACCCAAACGUGUUAACAAAGACAAUUCAGAACAUGUCCAAACGACAGGCCAAUCAGAUGGUUGCUUCUGCUAAAAUGUUAUUGACUGAAAAAGCUGAGGCGCUCCAAGAAGAGGUGGAUGAACUUCUUACAUUUCCAUCUGAUCUUCCUUCAUGAGGAUGCAUAUUUUUUUUAUAUAUAUAUAUAUAUAUAUAUAUAAUUUUUUUUAAGUUGUAUGUUAUAUUUGUAAAAUGCUUCAGUUUGUACAAAGUAAAACACAUAUAAGAUAAAUAAAUACUGUUUAAGCUUGGGUUUCAGCAGUUUUGCCUUUCACUUGGUUGCAUAAGAAUAUUUUUCCAGCUGUAUUACUUUUAAUAUUAUAAAUCUCCCUUCUGACCUGUGAGGGCGCUGUGUAAAGGGAACAGAGUGCCCCGGACUGGAUGGUCUGACAAUUCAUUCCAAGGGAAAGGUGGAACUCGACCAUCUAAAAAGGGGGCAGAGCUACGGUACACCAAGUCAUCGUCCCAGAAGGGAAGCGAUGUGACAACCACGGAUUGGAGGAGAAACGGUUGCAGUCGUUAACCAAGGGGGUGUGACUGACGGUAUGAAAGGGGACAUGGCUAGGAGAUCUGUUCCUUUUGUUAUGGUUAAGGUCGAACCGAGAAAGGAGAACUGUAAAAUAACGUGAGUGUUUUGUUUGUUUGUCGUGUCUAAUUAUACUUGUUUGUUCUUGUCAGACAGCUAACACGAUCCGGAGCUGUCACUUAAGGCCAGCACCAAAUCCGGACAACACUUCACAACUGUGCACUCACUCUGGAUUUGUGAACGUGUGUAUGUCUUUGUCUGUGUUCUUCCGUGUUUAUUCUUUCGGGACUGUAACCCUUUGUUUUGGAACAGUGCAGUACACAUUGCUGUGUAUUGCCUGGGAUUAUUCUUUGUAGUCGCCAGACCAGGAUUAUAAAUAAAUGUUUCUAUCUGGAUCGUGAA